AUGGCUCUUCAGAGGUGCUUGGUGGCCCUGGAGGAGAUGCCGAGCCAAGAGGGUUCUGCAAGGGGAAGUCAGGAGGUCAGCAGAGGUCUGGGCAGGGUACCGCCAGACCCGCGCGCCCCCUCACCGGGCUUAGACGUCCAGCCCCUAGACAGUGCUGGGCCCGACCUCCUGCCUGGCCAGGCUGCGCUGCCUCCCGCGCCCGCUCUUCGGGACCCCAGACCCCGAAACCCCACCCCACCACGAGCCGGCCCUACGGGACCGACGCGAGCCUCGGGAUCCCCGCGAGCGCAACGCGCGAACCGCCAGGCGGCGUCGGCCCCGCAACGCUCCGCGCCCCUCCCCCCGGCCGCCGUGGGUCUCACCGGGCCCGGCCUGCGCCGCGGGGCGGGGGUCGGUCGCUGCGGGACCGCCUCGGGUGCAAGUGGCGCGGGCGCGAGCUGCCGCCGCUGCCAGUGGUCCCCGAGCGGCAGCCGCCGCCUCACCGCGGCGCCGCCCCCGCCGGCCCCCGCCCCGCGCCCGCCCAUUGGCUCCGCGCGCCCGGGGCCGCCUCCGGGAGAAGCCGCCGCCGACCCCCCUCUGUGCUUUGUCUUUCCCUUGCUCGCCGUCCCCCCGCCUUUGUCUGCCCCCACAUCGCUUUCACAGCCCGCGCUCUCCCGCCUCCCGGAGCCAACCUCCUCUGCCGCUCGUGGAGAAGGGACGACGGCGGGGACCGAAUCGCAGAUCUCGGGAGGAGACGAGUUCAGCCUGCGAUCGACACGCAAGGCUCUUCCGGCGCGGACCUUCAGAAAUGGCCUGGGCCUUUACUGCCUCGGUUUACCCGUUAGCCGUUGUGAACGCAGUCCCAUUAGCUCCGCCCCCUUCUUGCGCUCUUAAGACCCAGUAGUUUGAGGCACCCCACUGUGGGGACUCGGGAGGCAGGUCCACUGGCAGCCACGGAGUCCUACAGAGGAAGAUGGAGGCGGCUCGUAGUCCCUCCGUAUACCCCGAUGUUAGGCCAAGGGAGCCGGCGGUGGGCCCAUGUCACUACUGAAGGGGUGUGACAGAUCCGCUAUCCGAGAACUGCAGCCUUGUGGUUUCCGAAAUCACCAGCCCCCUUAAGCUCGACAUCCUAAAUGGUUUCUGUGACCAGAUUUUGUGGGAUUAGUAACCUCGGGCCUUGCCAUGGCCCAGGUCAAGCCCCUAUCUGAAAGGACCCACUUCCUUGCAUCAAGCACACCUUGUUCCACCGAAGGGAGCAGAGAGCCAUUUAGGCUGGAGUUGUUUAGAGAACAAAGUGCAACAAGAGCUGCUUUUGCCGCUCCGCCCCAGCCCACUGCACAGCAGGUUGAGGGGAAGGACUCUAGGCAGCAGCAUCUAGGGCACAGACUUCUGCUGAGGGCUUUGCCUGAAGCCCAGCUGGAGACUGUCUUCACACAGCCCUCGGCGACAUAUUUCCACACCCCUGUAACAGGAAUAAAACUGGUGGCUCUAG